CCCUUCCUCUACCGCAUGCGGUUCCCCUGAAUUUAUCGCAUUUACAAAAAAGCCGAUUGUGUCCCUCAGAUUACUACCGGGUGACUUUUUUCUCUUCGCCCGUAUACCGAAACUUCAAGAUCGCAAUUGAGCUGGCAUCAUGGCUGAAAGCGCAAGUGUGUUUCCUCCUUUGGAGAAUCGUCCAUUGAAGGACACAAUCUGCCUCUUUGAUGUUGACAACACAUUGUCCCUCCCGAGAAGGGGUGCCAUGCCGGAGAUGCUGGAACUCCUCGCUCGACUUCGUCACAAGUGUGCUAUUGGCUACGUUGGCGGAUCGGAUUUUGCUAAGCAGCAAGAACAACUCGGUUCGGCCACAACGAACGUCACAUCUCUCUUCGACUUCUGCUUCCCUGAGAACGGCUUGACUGCUUUCCGUCUUGGAAAACCACUUGCUAGUACCAGCUUUAUCGAAUGGAUUGGUGAGGAAAGAUACCAGGAGCUCGUCAACUUCUGCCUCAAAUACAUUGCGGACUUGAAAAUUCCCAAGAAGCGCGGUACUUUCAUCGAAUUCCGCAACGGAAUGAUCAAUGUCAGCCCGAUUGGGAGAAACGCUAGCUUCGACGAAAGAAAUGAAUUUCAAGCAUAUGACGACGUGCAUCAAAUUCGACGGGACUUGGUAGAAGCUCUGAAGAAGAAGUUCCCUGACUGGGGUCUCACCUACUCUAUUGGUGGUCAGAUCUCCUUUGACGUUUUUCCCACCGGCUGGGACAAAACCUACUGCUUGAAGCACGUCGCCGCUGAGAAGGAGAUUUCAGGUGUGGAAUAUAAGACAAUUCACUUUUUUGGAGACAAAUGCUUCGAGGGAGGCAACGACUAUGAGAUUUACAGCGAUCCCAGAACAAUUGGCCACGCUGUCCAAAAUCCCGAUGACACCAUGAAGAAACUGAAAGAGCUGUUCCAACUAUGAAUGCUCUGAGGGCACUCAGAACUGCCAUGUUUUAUUUAGCUUUUUUCCAAUGAAAUAAUUUGAUAAAGACAGGAACUAUCUUUAAGUCUGUGUCAAAUAUCGAGAGAGCACAGUCCAUUAUCUAGAUAUGUGUGCAG